CGGCCUGAGCCGUGCGGACCAGCAGUACGAGUGCGUGGCGGAGAUCGGGGAGGGCGCCUAUGGGAAGGUGUUCAAGGCUCGGGACCUGAAGAACGGAGGCCGUUUCGUGGCGCUGAAGCGCGUGCGAGUGCAGACCGGCGAGGAGGGCAUGCCGCUGUCUACCAUCCGCGAGGUGGCGGUGCUGAGGCACCUGGAGACCUUCGAGCACCCCAACGUGGUCAGGUUGUUCGAUGUGUGCACAGUGUCACGAACAGACAGAGAAACCAAACUAACACUAGUGUUUGAACAUGUUGAUCAAGACUUGACCACUUAUUUGGAUAAAGUUCCAGAGCCUGGAGUCCCCACUGAAACCAUAAAGGAUAUGAUGUUUCAGCUUCUCCGAGGUCUGGACUUUCUUCAUUCUCACCGAGUAGUGCAUCGUGAUCUAAAACCACAGAACAUUCUGGUGACCAGCAGUGGACAAAUAAAACUGGCUGACUUCGGCCUUGCCCGCAUCUACAGUUUUCAGAUGGCUCUUACCUCCGUGGUCGUCACGCUGUGGUACAGAGCUCCCGAGGUCUUGCUUCAGUCCAGCUACGCCACCCCUGUGGAUCUCUGGAGUGUCGGCUGCAUAUUUGCAGAAAUGUUUCGUAGAAAGCCUCUUUUUCGUGGAAGUUCAGAUGUCGAUCAACUAGGAAAAAUCUUGGACGUAAUUGGACUUCCAGGAGAAGAGGACUGGCCUAGAGAUGUUGCCCUUCCCAGGCAGGCUUUUCACUCGAAAUCUCCUCAACCAAUUGAGAAGUUUGUGACAGAUAUUGAUGAACAAGGCAAAGAUCUACUUCUGAAGUGCUUGACAUUUAAUCCAGCCAAAAGAAUAUCUGCCUACACUGCCCUGUCUCAUCCGUACUUCCACGACCUGGAGAGGCGCAAGGAGAACCUGGAUUCCCACCUGCCGCCCAGCCAGAACAGCUCAGAAAUGAACACAGCCUGAGGUCCCAGCUGCUGCCUUGAGCUGAUCGUCCGAAGAACCCCUCGGUGGCUGAUGGUCCCCUGAGCAAGCUCUGCAGAGCUUUGAGGUUGUGGAUCACUGGCUGGAGACCUUCUAGCUGCCGUCUUCUGGAUGGGCUCUGCUUCUCCAAGGAAACCGCCUAGUUUACUGUUUUGAAAUCAAUGCAAGAGCGAUUGCAGCUUUAUGUUCAUUUGUUUGUUUGUUUGUUUGUCUGUCUGUUUGUUUGUUUCAAGAACCUGGAAAAAUUCCAGAAGAGAAGCUGCUGACCAAUUGUGCUGCCAUUUCAUUUUCCUGAUCUUGAAUGCUGCCAGUGUGAAGUGAGCAAUCCAGGCACAGCUGAGUUAUGAUGUAAUCUCUCCACAGCUGCCGGAGCCCGAUGUGGUACUUUUGAGUGAGAGAGAGAGAGGGAGUGUCUGUGUGUGUGUGAUUCUUGAUCUCUUAAAGUGUUACUUUCUGUAAACGACGAGAAUAAUUGAAUUUUAAAGACUCAAAGGGACCGCUAGAUAACAGGCAUCUGUUGACUGAAGGUGAUUCACCAAAAUGGGCUUCUCAAAGUGGAAAGUUGAGCCUGUGUCCUCAGCAUUUAUUUCUGGCCAAAAGCAGUAAAUUUGCUAGUAGUAAAAGGUUCACUAUCUUGAUAAAGCUUUAUACACACAGUAAAAAGAAAAAAAAAUUCUAGUAUCUUUUGAGAAGUCUGUUUUUUAAAGCACACAUUCUAUUUACUCUUCAAAAAGCUGAAUUUACUCAUUGUAACAUUAACCUGUAAAAAUAUGCUUUAUUGUUUCUUUUAAAAAAUACCCUGUAAGAUUUUUCCUUACUUGCUGUAGAUUUAGGGAGUGUACCUCAACUAGGUAAAAUGGUCAAAAAAAAAAAUAGAGAAAGCUUUUAUUUCCUAGUUUGAAAUGUAUUUCCUUUUUGGUUUUUGUUGUUACUUUGUUUUGGGUUUGGUUUUAGGAAUUUGUCAGCAACUGUUUCCUGUUUGGGUCUGCAGGGUAGUUCCCUGUGACUAGAGACAGGAAUGCCAUUUAAGUUUUCCCCGCCUUACACUGUACUUCUUCUACCAUGCACUGCCUUAUUUCCAAAGUAUCUGUCUUAUCUAUCCCCCAGCUUCUCUAGUGUAUAUUACUGCCGUUACAUAACCAGUAACAGAUUGCUUAAGCUGUUCGCGUGCACCUCCUACUUUCUUUCUUUCAAUGAACCUUUCAUAAAUAGUUAGAUUCAGACUAUGGCUUAUGGCUCCAAUUACACAAUCCUAACUGAGUCCCAUAUGUUCUCCAUCUGAUGCUAUCUUCCUACCUGGCAUUCACUGUUGUUACCUAGGCAAUGAGUAGAAGACUGGUUCUUCUCAAUCACCAGCACAUAGAUUGCUUUACUCAGCAUUUUACAUAUUUAUAGACUAUGGUGUCAGUGUAGUCUCUGAGGGAGUGUCUUUACUAUUUUCAGAAGUAUGUAUUUACUCUGUAAGAUUGUCUAUUCUCCAUCCACCAGGCUGUGCUUGUUUCUAGUGCCUUAUGCAUACUCCUACUCUCUGCAAAGCCAGCCUGACCCGGGCAUUGUGAACAGCUUUACUUUUCCCUUUUGCCAUUUUCUCUGCAAUACUCUGUAUGCCAUACCAUCACUGCCUUCUAUGUGGUUAGUGCUCAGUCAGCUCUAGUAACCAGAAGACACGAGAUCAAGUGUCUUUGGGGAAGUUUAGCUACCUUCGCUUUCUGAUUCAUGUUUUGCAUGUGUGCAACAGUUAGACCAUGUUUAGCGUUAGGGUUUUCAAAGAAUGGGCACUGGUUCACUCAAUAGAAAAUGUUCCAGGUGACGUUUCUGCAUUGUCAGUCCUUUCUGAAUUCUUCACAGCUUAUAUUAUAUAUGGCUAUCUUGAACAAGAGAAAAAUGAGGAGACUUUUCUCCUUGAGAGCUUUCUGGGCCGGGAACCAUCCUUUAUUCUUUUAAUACGUAUGUUGUUUAACAUUGUUCUAAUUUGGUAACUUGAAGAGCAGGAAAAUUUGUCUAAAGCAAGAUGUGAAUGAGAAGAUGGGCCAUAAGAAUGUUUUAUACUUUGUUCAUUGUGAUGACAAUGAUUAUGUUUUGUCAUCACUGUAAAUGCUUGAGAUAUAAUGAAUCCAGAGCGUUCAGGGCAAGAGUAUUUGUGGUCUCCCCCCUCCCCCGGACAAAGGAGUUCUGCCUUUCCUUUGAUCAGGGGUGAAAAUUCAAAGACCUAGGGGCCUAGAAAUUGAAUUUUAAAACUCACUGCACUGAUCCAUCAUGAGCUUUGCAGUUAGUAACCCUGGUUAGAGUGCACAUUACUUGAGUUUUUGCUUUUGCAAAAGUUUUUCAUAAGUUCGCUCAAGAAAAACGCAGCUGUUCUAAACUGGAAUUUUUCGGCAUUCUUUAGCAUUUUCAACAAGUAGAGAGUUCAGCUUUUAUUUCUAACAUAUGGUUCAUUUCUUGGCAGCGAUUGUAAAGAAACCUUAAAGCACAAACAUAUUGACAUUAAUACUUGGCACAUUUACCCUCUGAGAGCAGAAGGGGAGGGCAUCUCGGCUGCUCUUACCUUGUGAAGAGUCUGUCCCCAGCUCUUCCAUCCGGGUGGUUGUACUUGAGUGAUUACUCUCUUGUUUUAUGUCUUUUACAUCCGGCUCACCACUCCUGAAAUCCAGGUCCCACACAAGCACCUCUGCCAUUAGGGCACUUUGAAGCAUCUAGCAGAAUACAAUGUUACUGAAUAUGGCUUAUUCUUCUGUGACAAAUGGUUUCAAACAUCGUUGCCAAAAGCUAGGCAGUGAUUAGCUGGAAGGUCAUUCUGCCCCAGGGUUAUCAGUUAAAAAA